CCUCGGCUAGCUUAGCUUCAUUAAACGUCACUUCCGUCGAACUCCGACGCUACAAUGGCAGCCUUUUCUGAAAUGGGCGUUAUGCCCGAAAUCGCGCAAGCUGUUGAAGAAAUGGACUGGCUCCUUCCUACUGAUAUUCAAGCGGAGUCAAUUCCGCUGAUUCUCGGUGGGGGAGAUGUUCUCAUGGCAGCAGAAACGGGUAGCGGUAAAACAGGAGCCUUUAGCAUUCCUGUCAUCCAAAUUGUACACGAAACGCUGACCGACCAGCUGCAAGGCAAGAAAGGCAGAGUCAACAUUAAAACGGGAGGCGCUGUCUUCAACAAAUGGCAGAUGAACCCUUACGACCGCAGCCCUGCCUUUGCUAUCGGCCCGGAUGGCUUGUGUUGCCAGAGCCGAGAGUUUAAGGAAUGGCACGGAUCGCGCUCCACCAAGGGCGUAUCUAAAGGCAAGUACUACUAUGAAGUCUCCUGCCAUGACCAGGGAUUGUGUCGCAUCGGAUGGUCCACCAGCCAAGCCGCUCUGGACUUGGGAACGGAUAAGUACGGCUUUGGUUUUGGAGGAACCGGCAAGAAAUCGAACAAUAAGCAAUUCGACAGCUAUGGCGAGGAGUUCACCAUGCAUGACACGAUUGGAUGCUACCUCGACCUGGACAAGAGCCACAUUUCAUUCUCCAAAAAUGGUAACGAUCUGGGUUUGGCGUUCGAGAUCCCUUCAAAUCUUAGGAAUCAGCCAUUUUUUGCUUCCUGUGUCCUCAAGAACGCAGAACUAAAGUUCAACUUUGGCGGCGAGGACUUUAAGCAUCCACCCAAGAGCGGCUUUGUGGCCUUGGACAAGGCGCCAGACACUCACACGGUCAAGUCUUCGCAGACAGGCAGCGCCAAAGUGAGUCAGGCCAAAGGCUCUAGCAACGCCCCCAAGGCGCUGAUCAUCGAGCCAUCCAAGGAAUUGGCUGAGCAGACGCUCAACAACGUUUCGCAGUUCAAGAAAUACGUAAUGGAGCCAAAGCUCAGAGAGCUGCUGGUGAUCGGCGGCGUGGCCGCCAAGGAGCAAAUGGCUGCCCUGGAGCAAGGAGUGGACAUCGUGGUGGGGACGCCCGGUCGUUUGGACGAUUUAAUCUCCACGGGGAAACUUAGCCUGUCCCAAGUCCGCUUUCUGGUCCUGGAUGAAUGUGAUGGCCUUCUGUCAGCGGGCUACACGGACUUUAUCAACAGAAUUCACGGUCAGAUCCCUCAAGUCACGUCUGACGGCAAACGGCUGCAGGUGAUCGUGUGCUCUGCGACGCUGCAUUCGUUCGACGUGAAAAAAUUGUCGGAUCGCAUCAUGCACUUCCCUACGUGGGUGGACCUGAAGGGCGAGGACUCCGUGCCUGAGACGGUGCACCACGUGGUGGUCCCUGUGGACCCCAAGGCCGACCGCCUCUGGGAGCGUCUGGGCAAGAACCACAUCAAGACGGACGAGGUGCACGCCAACGACAACACCCGGCCGGGCGGCAACUCGGCGGAAAUGUGGUCGGAGGCCAUCAAGGUGCUGAAAGGAGAGUACGCGGUCCGGGCCAUCAAAGAGCACAAAAUGGACCAGGCGAUCAUCUUUUGCCGUACCAAAAUCGACUGCGACAACAUGGAGCACUACUUUAUCCGCCAAGGAGGAGGCCCUGAUAGUAAAAACCACCAGUUCUCCUGCGUUUGUCUCCAUGGUGAUCGCAAACCGCAAGAGAGGAAGAACAACUUGGAUCGCUUCAAGAGGAAAGAAGUCCGGCUUCUUAUCUGCACCGACGUCGCCGCUAGAGGGAUUGACAUCCGUGGCGUUCCCUAUGUGAUAAACGUCACGCUGCCAGACGAGAAACAGAACUACGUCCACCGGAUCGGCAGAGUGGGUCGAGCUGAAAGGAUGGGCUUAGCCAUUUCACUGGUUGCCAUGCAGAAAGAGAAGGUGUGGUAUCACGUCUGCGCCAGCCGUGGCAGAGGCUGCUACAACACCCAGCUCAAGCAGGACGGAGGGUGCACCAUCUGGUACAAUGAGAAAGAGCUCCUGUCAGAAAUCGAGGAACACCUCAAGUGCACCAUCACUCAAUGCGAGCCCGACAUCAAGGUACCCUUGGACGACUUUGACGGGAAGGUCACUUACGGACAGCGCAGGACCUUGGGAGGUGGCAACUACAAGGGUCACGUGGACGUGCUGGCCCCGACGGUGCAAGAGUUGGCCAACCUGGAGCGAGAGGCUCAGACGUCAUUUCUUCAACUGGGAUACCUGCCCAACCAGCUUUUCAAAGCCUUCUGAAGCGCAUGUCCAUCUGCAGAAAAGACAACGAUACAAGAAAAUACAUUUUUUCUUUGUGUAUGCAUUUGGCUGAAUGAAAUGAGUUUGCUUUAUUGUGGUGGCUUUUUGUUUCAAAAUAAACUGUGGUGACCACUCGCCGGGGAGUUGCCAUUGACGGGGUAGAUGUGGAAACUAAGAUACAGAAAAUUUGGAAAUCUAAAACAGUUGAAAAUCCCUAAAAUUAGAGGGGGAAAUGAAAACAUACUAAAAAAUUAAUUUUCCCCAAAAAUAAUUUUUCAAACGUUUUAUUUUGAAUUUUUGAUUUUUUUUUUUUUUCAAGUACCGGUACUUAUGUAUUCCUCAAAUAUAAAUUGAGCACCAAUUGGUUCAUCGGCAGCAUGUUUGACGCUCAUGAAAAAUCAAUCUGUUUGAAAACAUCAAAAGUGUACCGUAUGAAUGCAAUUUUUAGACCGUGACGUCACCAUCGUAACCCGGAUGUGGGUCAACAUGGACACGCCCUCGCAUACAAUCCAUGUUUUUACUGCUUGUUUUCUGCUAGCAAUCUUUCAACAACAAAAAAAAAAAAAGAACAUGCCAAGUAAACACUGCUGCUAUGGAACUUAU